GAGUCCGGCGCCCGUUCGUUUAGCAGCUUAGUAUAUACGUGUUGCCGCUUAUCCAUGGGGGCCUAACAACUUCGUGUAGUUUUAAUUUGUUAUUUUAAUUGUUAAACCACAUCAAGUGAUACCACUGGGACCACAAUUGUGAUAGCGAAGUGACUGACAAACACCAUGGAGGACGGACACGCCAAAACGGUGGAUGAAGUAUUAAAUUAUUUUAGUACCGACCCAGAACGGGGGCUCACGCCUGAUCAAGUCAAAAGGAAUCAGGAGAAAUAUGGACCUAACGAACUUCCAGCGGAAGAAGGAAAGUCCAUAUGGCAAUUAGUUUUAGAACAGUUCGAUGAUUUACUAGUCAAGAUUUUAUUGUUGGCCGCCAUCAUUUCAUUCGUUCUCGCCUUGUUUGAAGAGCACGAUGGAGCAUUCAGCGCAUUCGUAGAACCUUUCGUCAUUCUUCUCAUUCUUAUUGCUAAUGCUGUCGUCGGUGUAUGGCAGGAAAGAAAUGCCGAAUCCGCCAUCGAAGCCCUCAAAGAAUACGAGCCCGAGAUGGGCAAAGUGGUACGAGGGGAUAAAUCCGGCGUCCAGAAAAUCCGGGCGAAAGAAAUCGUGCCAGGCGACAUCGUUGAAGUCUCCGUGGGUGACAAAAUCCCCGCCGACAUCCGUCUAACGAAAAUCUUCUCCACGACGUUGCGUAUCGAUCAGUCAAUCUUGACCGGUGAAUCCGUUUCCGUGAUCAAACACACCGAUCCCGUUCCAGACCCGCGAGCCGUCAACCAGGACAAAAAGAACAUCCUCUUCUCAGGUACUAACGUCGCCGCCGGCAAGGCGCGCGGCGUCGUCAUCGGUACCGGCCUGGCCACCGCCAUCGGUAAAAUCCGUACCGAGAUGUCCGAAACCGAAGAAAUCAAGACACCCCUGCAACAAAAACUCGACGAGUUCGGCGAACAACUGUCGAAGGUCAUUUCCGUGAUCUGCGUCGCUGUAUGGGCCAUCAACAUCGGUCACUUCAACGAUCCCGCCCACGGCGGUUCCUGGAUCAAGGGUGCCGUUUAUUACUUCAAAAUCGCCGUCGCCUUGGCCGUAGCCGCCAUCCCGGAGGGUCUCCCGGCCGUCAUCACCACUUGUCUGGCUUUGGGUACCCGCCGUAUGGCCAAGAAGAACGCCAUCGUCAGGUCUCUUCCAUCUGUAGAGACCCUAGGCUGCACCUCCGUCAUCUGCUCAGACAAAACCGGCACUUUGACCACCAACCAGAUGUCCGUCUCGCGUAUGUUCGUCUUCGAAAAGAUCGAAGGUAACGACAGCAGCUUCCACGAGUUCGAGAUCACCGGCUCCACCUACGAACCCAUCGGUGAGGUCUUCUCCAAAGGCCAGAAAGUCAAAUGCGCCGAAUACGACGGUCUGCACGAGUUGGGCGUGAUCUGCAUCAUGUGCAAUGACUCGGCUAUCGAUUUCAACGAGUUCAAACAGGCUUUCGAGAAGGUAGGCGAAGCCACUGAGACCGCCCUCAUCGUGCUGGCCGAGAAGAUGAAUCCCUUCAACGUUACCAAAUCCGGAGAUCGUCGCCAAACCGCCAUCUGCGUCCGCCAAGACAUCGAAACCAAAUGGAAGAAGGAGUUCACUCUCGAAUUCUCCCGCGAUCGCAAAUCCAUGUCUUCGUACUGCGUUCCUCUCAAACCCUCGCGAUUGGGUAAUGGUCCUAAGCUCUUCGUCAAAGGCGCUCCUGAGGGCGUUCUGGACAGGUGCACACACGCCCGCGUCGGCACCCAGAAAGUUCCUCUCACUAACGCUCUGAAGAACCGCAUCUUGGAUCUGACCAGGGUAUACGGCACCGGUCGUGACACCCUCCGUUGUCUUGCCCUCGCCACCGGCGACAACCCACUCAAACCCGAAGAAAUGGACUUGGGCGACUCCACCAAAUUCUACACUUAUGAAGUCAAUCUCACUUUCGUCGGCGUCGUAGGCAUGUUGGAUCCUCCCCGCAAGGAAGUCUUGAACUCCAUCGCCGAGUGCCGCGCUGCCGGUAUCCGUGUCAUCGUCAUCACCGGCGACAACAAAGCCACCGCUGAGGCUAUCUGCAGACGUAUUGGCGUGUUCACCGAAGAAGAAGAUACCACCGGCAAAUCCUACUCCGGCCGCGAAUUCGACGACUUGAGCCCAUCUGAUCAAAGAGCCGCCUGUGCCCGCUCCAGGCUCUUCUCCCGCGUAGAACCUUCCCACAAGUCCAAGAUCGUUGAGUACUUGCAAAGCAUGAACGAGAUCUCCGCCAUGACUGGUGACGGUGUGAAUGACGCGCCAGCUUUGAAGAAGGCCGAAAUUGGUAUUGCCAUGGGUUCCGGAACCGCCGUCGCCAAAUCUGCCUCCGAGAUGGUGCUCGCCGACGAUAACUUCUCGUCUAUCGUAGCUGCCGUUGAAGAAGGUCGCGCCAUCUACAACAACAUGAAGCAGUUCAUCCGGUACCUGAUUUCCUCGAAUAUUGGUGAAGUCGUGUCUAUUUUCUUGACUGCCGCUCUUGGGCUUCCCGAGGCUUUGAUCCCCGUACAACUGCUGUGGGUCAACUUGGUCACUGACGGUCUCCCGGCUACCGCUUUGGGUUUCAAUCCUCCUGAUCUCGACAUCAUGGCUAAGCCACCCAGGAAGGCCGAUGAAUCUCUUAUUUCGGGAUGGUUGUUCUUUAGGUACCUCGCUAUUGGUGGAUAUGUAGGUGCUGCGACUGUUGGAGCUGCUGCAUGGUGGUUCAUGUAUAGUCCAGAGGGGCCACAACUUACUUACUAUCAAUUGACGCAUCACUUGCAAUGCAUCAGCGGAGGACCCGAAUUCAAGGGCGUCGACUGCAAAGUUUUCAACGAUCCUCAUCCCAUGACCAUGGCUCUCUCCGUACUUGUAACAAUUGAAAUGUUGAACGCAAUGAACAGCUUGUCUGAGAACCAGUCCUUGAUCGUUAUGCCUCCAUGGUCCAACUGGUGGUUGCUGGGCUCCAUGGCUCUUUCUUUCACCCUUCACUUCGUUAUCCUGUACAUUGAAGUCUUAUCCGCUGUGUUCCAAGUGACUCCUUUGAAUGUAGACGAAUGGAUAACUGUAAUGAAAUUCUCAAUUCCAGUAGUAUUACUUGAUGAAACGCUCAAAUUUGUUGCAAGAAAGAUCACAGACGUUGGCGAAGCUGUAGUAGAUAAGUGGUAAACUGACUCUUCAAACGACCGAUCAUCACGCUUUUUUUUAUUAUAUUUAUAGAAUAAUUUACUUUAGAAGACUUGCAGCUAUUUAUUUUUUCACCUAACUCGAUUAAUGAUUAUUUUGCUAUUGUAGAUUUGCAUGCUGACUUGAAAGACACGAGGUACUUUAGUUUAUAAUUUCUGUAAGCUUUAUUUGCAUAUGUUACUAAAAUCAUCUUGUGUUGUUUUUUUCGACAAUCAUCCACCUUUUGUCUUCCCGGAGACCUGUGAUGGUGUUAGAGGCGCAUUAGAAACUAAUUAACGAAACAAUGUACAUAAAAUAAUAUAUUUAAGAGAAUUUCAAGAUUGUUAUCUAUUAAUUUUUGUGAGCGAAGCUCGUUUUCUGAGCUUUGUUAUCCUCGUGAACUAUUAACAGACGAGAUCAGCACCGACCGGGAUCAUUUAGACAAUGAGAGGAGGAUUUAGCCUUCUCGACUUCCCCUGAGUGUUGUCACUUUUAAUUUGAAAAAAUGAAAAACUUCGUUAGAGUUUAGUUCACGUUUCGCCACGUGUGUCUCAUCUUUUUUCAUUUGUGUGGUUCGGUUCGAGCUGGUCUCGACUGAGGGGGGGGGCUGCGCUGGUUCCGGCAGCCCCAUUGUAUAGUUCGACAUUUUAAUUCACAUCAGUUUUGUAAACAGGAUAUUUGUGUAAAUAAAGUGAUGGCUUUCAGGCUAUCUUAACAUAAAA